AUGAAUUUAUCAUACAUCCUUUGCUUGCUCCAUUUUGGACAGAGCAUUCAGAACGUGCUACGUUACCAACUGGCCUUGCACUUCUUCGUGCUCAACGUGAGGUGUGAGAAUUUGCCGGAGGAAGGGAUUGACAGGAUCCUCCAACACUUUGAGGAGUCGUUGGCCUCGCCCAUACUGGCGGACUGGACUGAAAUAGCGCUCGACAGCAUGGCCUCUCCAGAGGAGAUUGCUUUGCAGGAAGCGUUGAAAAAGGGCAGUUCGGACCUGAAGUUUAUCCUCACGAGGAACGACGUGUCGAACGAGUUGCAGGCUGGAUUCUAUAGGAAUGAUGUGACAUCGAUACAAAAGUUUUCAUCCUUCUUCAGAUCGGAGGAUGAUUUGGUCAGAGUUUUGAGAGCCGAGUUCAACACAGAUGCAGAUACAAGUUUACAAGCUAGGGCACAAGUAGCAGCAGUGAUUUGUGCUUGGCGCGAAACACAGACGCGUCAAAAGAGACAAGCGGAGGUAGAGGCUGAGAUGGAGACACGUGAAUGGACAAAACCCAUUCCGACUGGAGAUUAUAUCAACAUGCGAAACGCCUACAUGAAGGUGCAUGGAAGAUUGGAAGACAAAGUGACUCCUUCCAAGGAGUAUCUAGAGAAGAAGCUGCAGGAGUUGGAGAAUGGGGAGUUCAGGGCCGAAACAAUGGCCGAAGUAGUUUCAAAGGAUGAAGUGGAUCCUGAUGUGAUGAUACCAGUGUUUGAUGCGAAGGGGAGCCUUUCAGUCAGAAAAGGGGCCUCUACAAUCCCUUUGCCUACAGGACCUGAGCAGCUUAGACGUAGGCUGUCGGUCAUGGUCAAUGCAAUCCUCAUGUUGGCCAUCAAGCACCCCAACAGGGAGGAGAUCCAGGACGUCACACGUGAUCUUUUCGAACGAUACAAGGACUAUGUUUUGGGUGACUAUGUGUGGGGACUUUCAUCAACUGAUUUGCAUGGGAACCAAGUGCAGACCCCACCUUGGGCACUGGUGCUUUCUUACGAGCAAGCCAUACGUAAGAGGGCGUAUGCAUUGAUGGUGACAGAUCACUUACAACUUGGGAAAGCCUUGGAACAAGCUUGGAAGUGCCCUACGACCAAGGAACGUCACUUCAUCACUCCGCUUGCACUUUACAGCAAGAGAUCCUAUCCGCAGCAGAACUGGGGAGAGUGGAACCCCAAAGGUAAGGGGAAGAACGGAAAAUCCUCAAGUGCAAAGGGCAAGUCGAAGGGCAAAGGAAGUGGUACAACACCGGAUGGCGCAAAGAUUUGUUUUCGUUUCAAUCAGGGAAAGUGCAGCUACCAGAAGUGCAAGUUCUCACAUGUUUGCAAUCGAUGUUUCAAGAAGGGACACGACGCCUUGAAUUGCAAAGAGGAGAAGAGCCCCCCGGACACGACCGGGGCACACUGA